AUUUUUCGGGUGGGUGUCAAUUACUUCCGCCGUUAACCCGCUCUCUCUCUCUCUCUCUCUCUCCUCUCUCAGCGGGUUUUAUGCUUCGCUCGAAAUCUGGGUUUUAUUUUUUCCUGUUGUUCAGGGAGUUUUGAUCGAAGAAGUUGUGUUCUCCUAAUGGUAACGGUGGUGUUGUUGGUGGGAGAGGCCUAAUGGCAAACGCCGACUCCGAUGAACCGGAAAAGAAGAGGCCUCAUUUGAACUCUCUCUCCUCCCCCAUGGCUCGUCACUCCUCCGCUUCUCCCGAUAACAGACCUGUUGAUGCCGCAGUUCUCCAGUAUCAGAAUCAGAAACUCGUUCAGCAGCUGGAUGUACAAAAGCAUGAGUUGCAAGACCUUGAAUCCAAAAUUAAAGAACUGAAAGACAAGCAAGUGUCUUAUGACACUAGGCUGAUUACCUUGAACCAACUAUGGAAUCAGUUGGUUGAUGAUUUAGUCCUACUUGGAGUACGAGCUGGGGCACCCCAAACUUCUUUACAGACAUUGGAUCAUGUAGACCAUUCUCGAGGUUUUAUUCCAUCAUGUCAUGCAGAGGAAAUGUUUCUUUGUAGACUACUAGAAACAGAUUCAUUUGAAAGCAUUGAAAAUGAUGGAUCCCUUCAAAAUAUUAAAGCAGCCCUUGAUAAACGUACUUUAUCUACUCGGGAAUUAAUGAAAUUCUUGGAAGAUACUAUUAAUGCUCAGAGACCUAUAAUUGAGAGCAUUGCACUGGCAUUGCAGGGAAAUCUAUCUGCAGAAGAUAUUAUCAUCCAGUUGUCUAAGGUUGAUGAUUUGAUGAAAGAGGAGGCUGUAAAUCUGAAUGAGGUGAUUGGCGUUCUUCAAUUGAAGGAUAAAGACUACGGUGAUGGUAUACAAACUUGUAUUCAUAGCCAUGCAGAGGAUCAAUCUAAGAUAAAGCAUCUUGCAGGGGAACUGGAAGAAAGCAUGGCAGAACUUGAAGAUAGUAGAAGAAAGCUAGUUAAUCUUAAAAUGCAGAAGGAUGUGGCAUCUGGAGUUCAUACUCCGCUUGUAGGCCCCGUAAAUGGAUGCUUGUCACCUGAAAAACCUGCAGAAAGGACAAUACGUGUACGGGAAUUGAAAGAAUCCAUUGAGGAAACAAAGGUACUGGCAGCUGACCGUCUUUCUGAGCUUCAAGAUGCUCAGAAGGGCAAUCUCGUUCUGUCAAAACAGUUGCAAGAUCUUCAGGAUGAAUUGAAGGAUGAGAAACAUGUCUACUCAUCCCGUCUUUACACUUUACUGAAUGAUCAGCUCCUACACUGGAAUAAUCAAGUUGACCGGUAUAAAGGGCUGACAGAUUCUCUACAGGCUGAAAAGUCGUCCAUUCUGCGAUGGGAGAAGGAAUUAUAUAUGAAAUUGGAGUCAUUAGAGGUUACAAGGAAUGCCAUUGACAAUGGCAAGUCUGGGAUAGAAGAGCUGGAGAUUCAACUGCAGAAGUGCAUUAUUGAGAAAAAUGAGCUAGAGAUUAAAAUGGAAGAAGCUGUCCAAGAUUCAGGUAGAAAAGACAUCAAAGCAGAAUUUCAUGUAAUGGCCACGGCUUUGUCGAAAGAAAUGGCAAUGAUGGAAGCUCAGCUGAAUCGGUGGAAGGAAAUAGCUCAUGAAGCCCUUUCUUUACGGGAAGAGUCCCAGUCACUCAAAGAUCUGUUGGUUGAAAAGACUAGCGAACAGAAGAACUUGGCGGAUAAAUGUGCUAAGCAGACAGGAGAGAUCAAAUCUCUGAAGACACUUAUUGAGAAAAUGGAAAAGGAAAAACUGGAGCUGCAAAUCCUAUUGGACAUGCUUGGGCAGCAAAUUUAUGACAACAGAGAUUUAAUGGAAAUCAAAGAAUCAGAGCACAGAGCUUGCUCGCAAGCUGAGCAUCUGAGAAAUGCUCUGGAUGAACACGGCUUGGAAUUGCGAGUGAAAGCUGCUAAUGAAGCUGAGGCUGCUUGUCAACAGAGGCUUUCUGCUGCUGAAGCUGAAAUAACUGAUUUAAGGGCUAAAUUGGAUGCUUCUGACAGGGAUGCUUUAGAGUUGAAGGAGUCUCUUAAAAUUAAAGAGGGGGAAUCAGAAGCUUAUAUUUCCGAAAUUGAGACAAUUGGUCAAGCUUAUGAAGAUAUGCAGACACAAAACCAACAUUUGUUGCAGCAGGUGACUGAAAGGGAUGAUUAUAACAUCAAGUUGGUUUCUGAAAGUGUGAAGAUAAAGCAAGCACAGAGCUUUCUACUCUCCGAGAAGCAAGCAUUAGCAAAUCAACUCCAACAGGUUAACUUGACACUUGAAUCUCUGAAGCUGAGGAUUGCUGACAGCGAGGAGCAGAUGAAAGUUUGCAUUGCUGAAGCUUUAAAAUCAACGUAUGAAGAUAGGCACCUUGCAGUUAACCUGGAAACUGUGAAGUGGGAAUUGGCUGAUGCGGAGAAGGAAUUGAAGUGGCUGAAAUCUGCUGUUUCUUCUUCUGAGAAAGAAAGUGAACAGAUACAAAGAAAGAUAGAUGAAAUCCAAAUGGAACUAGACAGUGAAAGAAAUGAGAGGAAGAAGCUUGACGAUGAACUCAUGGAAUUGAAUAGGAAGAUUGCCGAGUUGAGUUCUGAAAGUGGGGAGGCUGCAAUACAGAGACUUCAGGAUGAAAUCAAGGAUUGCAAGGCUGUUCUCAAGUGUAGUGUGUGCUUUGAUCGACCAAAGGAGGUUGUAAUUGUUAAGUGCUUUCAUCUAUUUUGUAAUCCGUGCAUUCAAAGAAACCUAGAGAUCCGCCAUCGCAAGUGUCCUGGAUGUGGGACUGCAUUUGGGCAAAGUGACGUCCGGUUUGUAAAGAUAUGAUUGCCUAGGCUUCUCUGUAUAAUUCUCGAUUAGCUUUGCUUUGUAAAGAUAUGAUCAGGAAAUAAAUUUUCUUUUUUGCUCCAUUUGUCUAUUGUAAAAUGAAGCUAUUUCAUUUGUGUCUCUUCAUCCUCUUUAAUUCCACUCUUAUCGAUGGUAUUCCCGUAUUGCCAGUAUUUUUUGUGGUGAGGACCAUAAUGUACAGUUACUAAGGCUAUAUAUAUCGUUCAUGGUGUGGGAUCUA